AAAUGUGACUUUGAAUCUUAACCAGAAAACUACGAUAAUUGAAUCAGAAAAUAUAAAUUAUAAUAUAUUCAGCGUUUGUUACUGGGUUAAAUAUAAAUUCAGUUUAAAAAAAAAAAAAACACCAUAACACUCAGAGAUGACCAUAGGGAUGCUUCUUAAUUUCCACCUUCAUUAAGGUGGUCUGCAGGUGUGACAGUGAGCAGCCUCUGAUCAUGUGAUUGAUUGGAUCCACCUGCUGCUGCUCUUAUAUCCCUUCAGAGCAGGUGAGUUGACUUCCCCUCCAUCAACUGUCAGUUUGAAAUGACUUCAAACCAUUGAUUUGCUCUUUUUUUUUUUCGUUAGCAACUUUUUUGAUCUGCAAAGGAGUUCCAGUUAAACACGCUGUGCUUCACCUGUUCAGACAUGUCAUCCGUUAAACCCAGAUCGUCAUUGCGAUCUUUGGUUCUGACACCGGACCGGAUCCCGAGCUUCUUCAUCCUGUCCAGCUUGUCUCCGCAGCCUCAGAGGGCUGAACCAGAGCGAACCAGGCUGCUAUCUGACCAUGAUGAGACCCCACCCAAGCCCGCCUCCUCCCACCAGUACCUGCUCCAUCCUCGCCACGGCCCUGCUGAGUCAGCAGACACGGACCUGACAACCCGGGCGGCCAUGUCUCUGUCACAUGUCCCGAAAGUGACGACUCCUUAUGGCUUUAGCGCCGUGCUGGCUGCGAGCCCCUGCACGAACCGGAGGGAGUCCCUGUUUCACCGGAACAGACCGGUGACGGUGACCGAGCCACAGGAAGCAGCGGACCCGUCUCGCUUCCAGCCUGUUAAAGCUCUAGGUUUGCAGGUGAUGAAGGAGCUGAGGAGACCUGCUGCUGCUCUGAAGGCUCUGAGUCCUGCAGCCCGAAGGUCCGCCCACCGAUGACAUCAGCAGACACACCUGGCAGGUGGAGCAGGUUCAGCAGCUGCUGUUUUAAAAUCACAUCAACAUAAAAUAAAGUGUUUUGAUACGAA